AUGCCUCAAAAUCGUACAGAUUUUGAUGACGACGAUCUAGAAAGCUAUCUAGAAGGCUCUGUUUGGUCUGAAAAACCAUCUGCUUCUGAAAUUUUCUCGAAUCGACCCGGAGACGUUAUCAGUGUAUUCCCCCAUGCUUCACAUUCCAAUAUGAUUUAUGGAUAUCCUUCGAACUUUCGAGAGACAGUUUUCCCAACACAACGUGGUUCUACAGACCCCAGUUAUGAUGAUUACUAUACAAAGGUAUCAACAAUAUUUAAACUCCAAGCCCAGAUGGAGAAGAUCACCGAAAGACGCCCGAGAUCACCAGGACCUGUUGCUGGAGCUGGAGAAAUCACAAACACAAGUCAUGGGUUCACAAUUGAAAUUGACGUUUUCCAUUUUCUGCCAGAAGAAAUCAAAGUUGUGCUCACAGAUGAUACAUUGAGCAUUUCGGGAGAACGUUUUGAAUCUACUGGAGAUGGACACACGCUUCGUAGAAGCUUCUCAAGGUUUUUAGGAAGAGAAUUCCAGAUGGUUGAUAACAUAAUUUUAGAAAGUACUCGAUCCCAGAAGACGUUCACUUGGAUACCAUCAGAAGCCAUCUCACUAAUUCUGGAGUUCUCAUCAUCAAUGGCUCUCGCAAAGGAUGGCGCGAGACUAGCAUCUCCACUUAUCAACCAGCUCAAAGACACGUCUCCAGAAGUGUAA